GGAGAAGGGCCUUGAGGAGAAGCUAUAAAGGAACUUGGUCUGCUCAGCCUGGAGAAGAGGAGACUGAGGGGAGACCUCUUAUCAGUCAGCAGCUUCCUCAUGAGGUGUGCAAGGAGAAUUGCUCAAACUUCAGAAGUGUCUGCUUCACGUUACGUCCAGCAGAAUGCCACAUUUCUGGCAAGUGGGUAAAUACAUACAGUACUUUUAGUCCUGUUUUGCUGCCUUAACAGGCACAGAUGCAUGUUAAGAAGAAAAACCCAAACAUUUUGAGGAAUCACUGAAUUCCAGCCCUGAAAUUUCUGAAAGUUCACAGCAAUGAAGCUAAGCAGUAGAAGGGAAUGCUUGAGAAGCAAGACAUCUGGGUUGACCUGCAUCAGUAAGUGCAGUGGAAUAGCAGUGGUGGAUCUGCCGAGCAAAAGAACUGGCACUGCAGACUCAGCAGGAAAGACACACACAUUUCACAUUUCCACAGCUGGGGAAAGCUUCUUACAGGGGAGAAGCCACCAUGUGCAGGAAAUUGUUCAUGCAGUUUGGUGGCUGUACCACACAUUUUGGUAGCUUCUGUUUAUACUCAUCUGUGUAUAUGCUGGGUGGCCUUUUGUUGCUCAGGAAAACAGAAGAUCAUCCCAGCAGAAAAAAAAAAAAAAAAGCAUUCCCCUUUGUGGGUCCUCUGUGAAGACACCAGUACUUUCUGUAGCUGGUGUUCAUGAAGUUGCAAGAUGUUUAUGUCUUUGACACAUCCAGAGCUCCGUGACUGCAGUUUGCUGGUGGACUCAAAGGCUAUCCCAGCCUCUGGAUAUCCUGGCUCAAGACAUCCUGGCAUUUAUUGCUCUCCAGUGGAAACUGUUUGCAUCCUUGACAUUGGUAGAGCUGCACUGAAGCCCGACACCUCUGGUAGCCAGUGAGAAGCUGGUUUUGUGCUGCGCUUUUACGGGAGAAGCCUGGCUGCAUUAACUCUUACUAAAACCAGCACCUAGACAACUUAAGCAAAAUCCAGUGAUGGAGGUCAACUCCACAGAAGCCAGCAGCAGCUCCCAGGGAGGCACCGGCUGUCUGGAUCUUCCACUUGUCACUUUCACUGAAACGGUGACUUUCACAGAAGCCGUGGCAGAAGAGGAGUGGGGAUCCUUUUACUAUUCCUUUAAGACAGAGCAGCUGGUGACUCUUUGGAUUCUCUUUAUUGUCACAAUUGCUGGAAAUGCCAUCGUGCUCUUCUCUACCUGGAGAAGGAAGCGGAAAUCUCGAAUGACCUACUUUGUUACUCAGCUGGCAAUCACAGAUUCAUUCACAGGACUCAUCAACAUAAUGACUGACAUCAUUUGGCGCUACACUGGAGAUUUUAUGGCCCCUGAUAUCGUUUGCAGGGUCGUUCGCUACUUCCAGGUGGUCCUUCUCUAUGCGUCCACUUACGUCCUCGUGUCACUAAGCAUAGACCGGUAUCAUGCCAUAGUUUACCCCAUGAAGUUCUUGCAAGGAGAAAGGCAGGCAAAAGUGCUUAUUGGAGUGGCCUGGAGCCUUUCCUUCCUGUUUUCCAUACCCACUCUGAUUAUUUUUGGGAAACGGCAGCUCUCCAACGGGGAAGUGCAGUGCUGGGCUCUCUGGCCUGAUGACUCCUACUGGAUCCCCUACAUGACAGUUGUGGCUUUCCUGGUGUAUUUCAUUCCUCUGAUCAUUAUCAGUGUCAUAUACUCAAUCGUGAUUCGAACCAUCUGGAUGAAGAGCAAAGCUCAGGCUGUCAUCAUAUCCAGCUGUCCUGGUGGCAAAACCUCCCGUGGCUACAGCAGUCGUGGGUUCAUAUCCAGGGCGAAGGUGAAAGCGAUCAAGUACAGCAUUGUAAUUAUCCUUGCAUUUAUUCUCUGUUGGAGCCCUUACUUUCUGUUUGAUAUCCUGGACAACUUCAACAUACUGCCUGAGACCAAAGAGCGCUUCUACGCAUCUGUGAUUAUUCAGAACCUGCCAGCCUUGAACAGCGCCGUCAACCCUCUCAUCUACUGCUUCUUCAGCAACAGCCUCUGCCCCCCUUCUGAGGAAAGAAGAACUCAAAGGCUGGGGGGCACUUUCAGGGAAAGGAGCGAUGGAGGGCAGGAGAUGCAGGUCCUGUCGAAACCAGAAUACAUCUAGCACGGACAAUGUUCUGCAAAGCCACACUGGCACCUGUACAGAGGAAAACAGAGGUCCCCCACAAGUCCUGUGCAACAUGAAGUGAAUGGACACUGACUGGCAAGAGCCUGCACCUUGUGCUGCUGUGCACCUUACAGCACUCGUGUUUUGGGUGGGCACUGCAGCGUCAUCCAUGCACACUCCAGUGCCAAGCUCAGUAUGAGAGGUUUGCAUGCCUCUGUUGUGAGGUUUCAUCUUGACCCUCUGUUUAAAGCAGCUGUAAUCUAUGUGCUCCAAACAGAAAAAAAAAUUGUAAAUGGUGUCUAGUCAGAGUCUUCUCUAUUUUUCAGGAGUCACUGAAAGCCAUCUACUGCACCAUCUGGCUCUUAUAACCAAUAGAGUGUUUACAAGCAAUUACAGAGCAAGGACCCCAGCUAAAAUGAAAACACAGGCACUUUUCCAAUGAAAAAACACCAUUGUCACUCUAUGUAAUUACAUCUGGGUUUCAUACAGAGCCACUUACAAAGUCAUAGCCAGAGAAGAGGGGAAUGGAUGGCUGGGAUACUGCCUGCCACAUCACCAGCUUCUCAGAUAACACCAGCAGCACCGUCCCUGUAUCUCUUCCUCCCCUUCCAGUGUGUUAUUUCCCUGCUGUCCUACCUUGGCUCAUCAGUGGCACCCCAGUGUCCCAGCAGGACUCACACAUGACACAUCUGGGCAGCCAUUUAUUUCUGGGCUACUGGAGAAUGGUUCACCAGCCCUCCCCACAUGCAGAUCCUCCCUCACUUCUGUGCCAAAGACCCUGAGAAGCUUCUUCAGGAUCCUACGGGGAGCUGCCAUGCAGGGCACUUAGCCAGUGCAGAUCUUUCUCACCACCCACACGGCAGCAUUUCCCUACCCCAUACCACUGUAAAUCAUCCCUGUCACUUAAAUCAUGCAGGGAGCCACACACAUCUUUGCACAAACUCAGAGCUGGAAAAAGACCCAAGCAAACCCCAAAACUCGAAUUAUAUUUAGAAAAAAUAAUCUGUUGACGGUCCAGUCUUGUGAACUCAUUGUAGUUUUCACAGAGGACCAAUGGUCAGGCAGAAUUUUGCUGCUGAGUGCCCAAGCACCUGGGCAUCCCCUUUCCCCACCCCUCUGGGUAUCUUCUCACCACACUGUUCUCAAAUGUAAGAAAAAAUUUCUGAAGCAGGUGGUGGGGAGUGAUAUUAACUUCAAUGUUCAUUUUACUGCAAGGCAGCUUGAAGUGUUUGUAUUAAAAAUGCACUCUAACCAGCUGUAUAGCAACUGAGUUUGUUUCCUCUCUGUGAAAAAAUUAUUCUUAUUUAAGUGGACUGAGUUUAAAAAAGGGUUUUUAUUAUUAUGAUCUUUUGCAAUGAGUUUGUUCCCUGUAAAGCAAGAACUGAAUAAAAUUUAUUUAUAAUUGCCUAUAUUACAAAAGUACAUUUGCCUAAGUAGAAGACAUAUAAAAUCAUGGGGCUUUAUGUUCUCAGGAAAAUAAAUAAGGUAUCUCUUUUUAUUACCAUGAAGUUCUGUUAUUUAGAUUCUAUGUCUAAAUUUUGCUACUGCUUAAUUAAAACUAUGAAUCUGCAGCAACCUUUACUGCAGCGACCUUGGAUAGGCUGUAUAUAAGAACAAGACAUUAUUUUGUUCCCAUGGGCAUGUAAUAACUUUACUAAAAUUGGAUUGCUUUGUUUAAGCUUCAUAGAUUGUAGAUUUUAGCUUUUUCAUCUGAUAAAUGUACACUCUCUACCUACUUUUGAACAAUUAAUGGAGUUUUUAGACUUAAUACCUGGAAAUCAGAUAACAUUUCUGAGCAGUACUUUGAUUUGCAAAUUUAGUAUGACUCAAUCCCACUAAAAUUUACAUAAUAGUCACUGGGGUCACCACAUGAAUUAUCCCAUCCAUCUAAAUUAAGCAUAUGCAUGAGUUAAUGUAGGACUCUGGACUGAAAUAAAGUCAUUAUCAAUCUGUUUUCAAAGAAGCAGCUUUUUGUUUCAUUCAUUACUGUACUAUGUACCAUUUACAAGUUGUUCUUAUCAUUUUUCCUCUGGACAUGAUUGUGAUGUCUUUCCUCAUAUGAGAAUCCUUCAGUUUAAAUGGCCUCACAUUGCUUUUGUCUGCAUCCCUUCCAAGUGCUUAAAUACAGAAAUAAAUAAUUCAUCUUAUUUUCUAUGCUGUUUUCUUACUGUGCAAGAGAUGGCAUUUUACUUCCUUUUUGUAUUCUCCACAUGUUCUGUUGUAAAGCUGCGUUUUUCCAUUAGUCUGGAAAACACUUGCACGGUCCUCCUUUGUCUCUGGGGAGAGAGAGGUAGGGAAUUUCAUCUGUCUCCAUUUGGUUUCUUAUUCCUUGCCUUCAACUCACCCCACAUCUUUUGACUGUUUAGCUGUUUAAAAGUGCCAGAGUUGGUCUGACAGACCCCACACUUAGGAGGAGGCAGCAAAAGUCACUGUCGAGAUCUGACUGCCCAGAGAUGGGAGCUGGACACAACCAAAAAAGGGCACCCAGCUGGCUUGUCCAUGACAGCCCCGGAGCAGCUCUGGUUUUCAACAGCUUUAACACUUCAAGAGGCAUCUGUGAGAUCCUUCGGACAUUCCCACAGUGAACAGAAAUAUUCAUAUGCAUGACUGCUAGGACAUAAAGCCUUGUAUGAUGAUAAAGUCCUGUUUGACUGUAGAAUUCUGAGAAGCAUGAAAAAUCAGAAACUCAUCUCUCCGAGAAGUCACAUCAAACAGCUUAGAACUGGGAUACUUUCCAAACUAACACUAAUCCAAGAAAACAUGCAUG